AGACGCUCAAAGUGAGUGGUUUAUUAAUAGUUAAUGAUGGUGAAAAGAGAAGAUACUGUUUUGAUUGUACCUACGAUGGCUAGAACUCCGCUGAAGUCAUCGUUUUCUAUCAGUUCUAUACUUCCGGAAACCGCCUUAGACGCACCGAAAAGUCCGGAGUCCCUGCCUAGUCCAGUGCACCUACCGGAACAGGAACUUAGUGAUUCGGAUUGUGACUUGGACGUUACCGGUGAUGAUGACUCUUCGCCUAUUGACUGCACCAAGACGUCUGAAGAGAAAGGUUCAGGAGAAGCGAAGUCCAAAGAAAAACCGGCAUAUAGCUACAACGCUCUGAUUAUGAUGGCGAUCAGAGAGAGUCCCGAGAAGAGGUUGACGCUCAAUGGGAUCUACGAGUACAUCAUGACGAAUUUUCCGUACUACAGGGAGAACAAGCAAGGUUGGCAGAACUCAAUCAGGCACAACUUGAGCCUUAACAAGUGCUUCGUGAAAGUGCCCAGGCACUACGAUGAUCCAGGAAAAGGUAACUACUGGAUGCUGGACCCAUCUGCUGAAGAUGUUUUUAUCGGAGGCACAACAGGAAAAUUGAGGAGGCGAUCAACGGCUGCAUCAAGGUCGAGGUUAGCUGCUUUCAAGAGGAGCCUGUCCAUGUACCCCAUCCAAGGCAUGUACCCACCGUUCUACCCGCCUUCACCAGCGCUUCUUGCUGCUGCGUACCAGAGGUACAACCCGUACAUGAAUCCCACUGUGAUCAGGCCGUCGCCAAUGCAAGCUGCACCGCAACCUUUCAACGUGGAAAGGCUUCUGGGUACGAUGCCACCUACAAUGGACCUCAAUAACCCAUUCUUCAGGCCUUCCAUGGAUCUGUACAGCAACUUUAGGAUACCUCAACAUAUGCUGCCUCAUCAUCCGAUGGCUUUGUCGCCCACAAGUAGUUCCAGUUCUCCGGAACCUAGUGGAUCAGAAAACAUGUUCAAACCUGUGACGAUCAUCUCGCGGCACAGUUGAGUUUAUCAGUGAGAUUUUUUUGUUAGUUCAAGUUUGGCUUUAAGGUAAAAUGCACACUGUGGGUUGAUGAGGAAGUUUCAUAAUGUAAGUACCGAGUUAUCUGAAUCUUUCAAACAGUGUUCAACCUACUUUGCUUCAUUGCAGUUGGAGAAGUGUUGAUUAACAAUAUGUAUCCAAUCAGUUUUAUACGUGUUUCGAUGUUGUUUUCAUUUUUAUGUAAGUCUUAUAUGACAUACUGCAAUAGUAAUCGUAGAUAUUAGACGGAAAUAGGUACUUUGUCAUUUUCUCAAUUAAUCUAUGUUCUGCUUUACCUUAUCACACUUGAUGUAUGAUCUCUAUGUUUGUUGUUAAAGCUUUAAAAUUGUACGCAGGUACGUACAAUAUUCUUUGUAUAUAAUUUGUAAAUAUUCAGAUAGAUAUUUAUUUAUAUGAUCAUUGUGAUGUUAGUUUGUAAGGAAUGUAUAAUG